AUGAGUGGCCGUAUCUCUGCCCUUGUGUGUUUGACGUUAAUCAUAGCCAAAGUGCAACUGUGCUGGUCUCUAGACUUGAUUAGAACUAAUCAUCCUCGACCUAGUCAUCAGUUCCAGCACCGUAAUAAGCUCGAUUAUCCGUGGCUGGCCAAACAGCAGUUACUAUCACAAACAGUUGCCAACGUACCGGUGUUUGACGAAGUGAUGACGCCGUUUUUGGCCAAGGCGCAGAAAAAAGAUAAAACACCGCUGCCGGAUAAUCCUGAAGCCAGGAUGACAUCGAUUGAAAUUAUAACUGGUAGAGGUUACCCUGCUGAAACCUAUUCAGUGGUUACCAAAGACGGCUACAUCCUGGAACUUCAUCGUAUUCCUCACGGAAAAGGAAUCAACUCAGGUCCACCUUACGGCAAACCCGUUCUUCUCCAGCAUGGAUUUGGCGGCAGUUCCGCUGACUGGCUCAUCAGCCCAACCGAUCGAAACUUGGCAUUUCAACUGGCGGAUUCGGGAUUUGAUGUCUGGAUUUCGAACGCCCGCGGAAAUACUUACUCCCGGAAGCAUCAAUACCUCGAUCCGUCUGAAGAGGCAUUUUGGAAUUUCUCAUGGGACGAAAUGGGAAAAUACGACAUUCCCGCCGUCGUUGAUUUCGUUCUGGCCAAAAAUGGAAUCGCAGAUGGGAAAUUGAGCUAUAUAGGCUAUUCCAUGGGAGCUUCCAUGUUCUUCGUGGCAGCCAUCGCCGAUCCGCAAUUCAAUUCCAAAAUCCAAAUGAUGAUAGCCCUGGGCCCAGCUGUUUCUUUGGCCCACAUUGCUAGUCCAGUCGUUCGAGCCAUCGCUCCCCUUAUUAAAUACAUUGAGUUUCUCUUCCGCAUUUUACGGGUGCGAAAUUUCAUGUUCAACGACAUGAGGCUCAACAAAAUGAGGGGAAGCUACUGCGUUCAAAAUUACUUGCGCGCCGCAAUCUGCCGCAACAUUCUCUUUCUCAUCGUUGGACACGAUAACGGACAUUUCGAUCUGAAUCUGUUGCCUGUGAUCGAUGGCCACCUACCAGCAGGCACAUCCGUCCGCACUGGAGCCCAUUUCGCCAUGAAUCACAAUUCAGGCGAAACAUUUAGCGCUUAUAACUACGGAUAUUUCGGAAACUUGCGACAUUAUGGAUCGCUCAGACCUCCUUCAUACGAUCUAAGCAAAGUCACGACGCCUGUCUAUCUCUUUUAUGGCUCAAGUGAUUAUUUGUCGACGAGUGAGGACGUUGCCUGGCUAUCGCGUCAGUUGCCAAAUCUCAAAGAGUUGAUUAAGGUAGACGACACGCAUUACAAUCAUUUCGAUUUCCUCUGGGCCAAGGAUAACAACCGGCUUCUCAACAGCCGCAUCAUUAGCAUUUUACCUCCACCAGCAGCAUAG